AUGAGGAGCCAACAUAGUCUGACCAGGCGUGAGAUCUUUCAGAACCUUGCCAACAGAAUUCUCUAUUCAAAGUUCUACAUGAUCCUCUACUUUGUCAUGGCCAUCCUCAGCAUCUGCUCCAUCUUUCUCUCCUUCCACCAGGGCUGUUCUAGUUCCGCACUCUUUAUCGUUCUCGAAUCCAUCAUCAAUGGAACUAUGAUUGCAGAGGUUGCAGUGCGGCUUACUGCGCUCGGGAAGAAUUACUGGCGAUCAACAUCCAAUAUUGUCGACAUUGUCCUGGUGGUUUUUUGCUUGAUCACUCUAAUCCUUGUCCUCCAAGGGUGCGGAUCUGGACACGAAACCGAGGAGGUGCUGGACACCAUUCUGUUGAUUCUGCGAAAUGCUGUCCAAUGUUGGCGGUUGUACACAAUGAUCAAAAAGAACUCAUUGAUUGUCAAUCCACGAGUGACCGCCAUUGAUUUCAGCAACGUCCGUCCAGAAUCUAUCGACAUUGAAAACUUUGGCGCAGAGGGUUACAUGGACGGUGAUACAUUCUUGCCUGAUGAGAGCGACGAUGGACUUUGA